AUGACCGAAGUAGCAUUUGCCAAAACCUUUCUCUCGGCGCUUGAUGCACGACCUAUCAAGCUAUCAGCCGAUCAUGUCGAGGAUCCCAAGAGCUAUCCGCCGCGGAGCGCCUAUAUCCUCCCUAAGAUGUCUCGCCAAAUGAGUAAGAGGAAGGCCGUUCCCACGGCUCCUGGCUCCGAACGUUCCCUCACCGUCGCCAUCAAGUCGCUCCGCAACCCGCCCCUCGACAUCAAGCUGUCCUCGCAGACCCUUAACACGUCCAUCCUAGAUGUCAAGAACGUCGUCGCAGAGCAGACGAGCAUACCGGUGGACAAGAUCAAGAUGCUGUACAAGAAGAAGCCUGUGGUCGACAGCAAAGUACUCAAGGACCUUGUGGCCGAGGGCGAGACGAGCGUAGAAUUCUCUGUCAUGAUCCUAGGAGGGGCGGCGGCGACUGCGAAGAAACUCGACGCAGAGGCAGACGUCCAGACCGAUGUUGCCCAGGGUCAAAGCGGACAGGAAACAAUUGAGUCGGCCGAGUUUUGGGAUGAUUUGAAAGGAUUUUUGUCGCAGAGGAUACGGGACGAAAAGCAGACCGGAGAACUAUUUCGCACCUUCCAGGAGGCGUGGAAGGCGAAUUCGUGA